AUGGGAGUGACGGUGAAGCACUGCAAACUCUCUAAUACUCUCAAUGGCGUUAGGAUCAAGACGCGGCCGUCGUCUCCGAACGGCGUUGCCUCCGGCAUGCACUUCGAAGAUGUGAUGAUGGACAACGUCAGCAACCCAAUCUUUAUCGAUCAGCAAUACUGUCCCUGGAAUCAAUGCAAGACCGGCGUUCCAUCGAAAAUAAAGAUCAGCGACGUUAGCUUCAAGGAGAUCACGGGGACGUCGGCGACAAAGGUGGCGGUGAAGUUACUGUGCAGCUCUGGAGUACCGUGCAACAAAGUAGUGCUGAGCGAGGUGAAGUUGGAAUACAAAGGAAGAGUACCGUGCAACAAAGUAGUGCUGAGCGGGGUGAAGUUGGAAUACAAAGGAACCAAUGGCAGCGCCAUAUCAGAAUGUGACAACGUGAAGCCAACACUCUCCCGCAAAAAUUCCCAUGCAAUUUGUGAUGCCCCUAAAAAAGCUUAG